AUGGCGGUUAGAUCACGCAUGGUGAUGCUCGUGUCUCAGUGUAACUUCAUCAUGGAGCAGGCUGGCGCUGACAUCUCGCCUCCAGCUCUUCCCUCCUGGAAGCCCAGCGGCAUGCAGGAUCCACCCCGGAGGCUCUCUGCUGUGCCAUUCCUCAGCUCCUUUCUCCAGGGCCGACGGCACUCUGCUGCCGACCCCAUCCUGCGAGUACAGCAGGGGCGGCGCAACUCUGCUGCCAAGAUGCUCUCCUCAUCCUCUCUCCAGGUGAUGGUGGCCGUGUCCUCCGUCAGCUAUGCUGAGAGAAACCCAGCUUGUCCUGAGGGAAAAAGAAAUUCAAGACGUCCAACAGCAAAGUAUACAAAAGUUGGAGAGCGUUUACGGCAUGUCAUUCCUGGACAUAUGGCCUGUUCCAUGGCAUGUGGUGGCAAAGCUUGCAAGUAUGAAAAUGCAGCCCGAUGGAGUGAACAGGAGCAAGCUAUUAAGGGGGUCUACUCGUCCUGGGUCACUGAUAAUAUCCUGGCCAUGGCACGCCCAUCCACUGAGCUCCUCGAGAAGUACUGCAUCAUCGAGCAGUUCCGAAGCCAUGGUAUAAAAAGUAUCAUCAACCUACAGCGACCUGGUGAGCAUGCCAGCUGCGGGAACCCUCUGGAACAGGAAAGUGGCUUCACAUACCUUCCUGAGGCUUUCAUGGAGGCUGGCAUUUAUUUCUACAAUUUUGGAUGGAAGGAUUAUGGUGUAGCAUCCCUUACCACUAUCUUAGAUAUGGUGAAGGUGAUGACAUUUGCCUUACAAGAAGGAAAAGUAGCUAUCCAUUGUCAUGCAGGGCUUGGUCGAACAGGUGUUUUAAUAGCAUGUUACUUAGUUUUUGCAACAAGAAUGACUGCUGACCAAGCAAUUAUAUUUGUUCGGGCAAAGCGACCUAAUUCCAUACAAACCCGAGGACAGCUACUAUGUGUAAGGGAAUUUACUCAGUUUCUGAUUCCUCUUCGCAAUAUAUUCUCUUGCUGUGACCCCAAAGCACAUGCUGUCACUUUAGCACAGUAUCUCAUUCGUCAGCGGCAUCUGCUUCACGGAUAUGAGGCACGACUUCUGAAACACGUACCAAAAAUUAUCCACCUCAUUUGCAAAUUGUUGCUGGACUUAGCUGAGAACAGGCCAGUGGUGACGGAAGAAGUGGCAGAAGUACCUGGCCUCUGUGCUGAAAUUGAAAAGACUGUUUCUGAGAUGGUCACAAUGCAGCUGGAUAAAGAAUUACUAAGACAUGACAGUGAUGCACCGGACUCUUUCUCCCCCAGUGCAGUGGUGGCAGAUUUUGAGAAUCGGGAUGUGAUUCUUUCCAGUGAGCAAGAGUUUGACCCUCUUUGGAAGAGGCGGAAUGUUGAGUGUCUUCAGCCUCUGACUCGUCUGAAGAGGCAGCUCAGCUACAGUGACUCGGAUUUAAAGAGAGCAGAGUCACUCCCGGAGCAAGGGAGGACUCCGUGGACUGUGCCUGCCCAGGCUGUGUUUUGCCGUAACCCCAGGCAGGAGAAGCACAUAAGCCAUUGUUACUCCCCGCAGUCUCCACAGCUAGAUUUAAGUAAGGAAAUGCUGGUCUGCAAUACAUUUUCUUUCUGGAAUCACACUAAAUUUGGAGGCCUGGAAGGACUCAAAGAUGACGGGUCAUCAGUUUUCCAUAGGACGAACAUUCCAAAGGAAGUACAGCGAAGUAGAACCUUCUCUUCAGGUAUUUCAGGUUCAUACAAACCUAGGGAGCCAGUUACACCAAACUUUGCAAAUAUACCUAAGGAACCAAACUGUUCUCACCAGCAGGUGUCCCAGUGUGAGUGUGAAACUCAUGGUGGUUGUGGCCCAAGCUCCUGUGCAGAGGAUGGUGAGACUUGCCACCGCCCUGUGGACUAUGGGUCCAGUCCCAAAGCACAGUUCCUGGUUGGACCUGAAACCCGGGACAGCAAAUAUCUGUCUGAAGUUGCUCCAUACACGGCUUUACAGUCUGAGUUGAGUGUUGAAGCAAGGAGAAUACUGGCAGCCAAAGCCCUGGCAAAUUUAAAUGAGACUGCAGAAGAGGAGGAAGUGAAAAAGAAAGUAGAAAUGUGGCAGAAAGAACUAAAUUCCCGAGAUGGAGCUUGGGAAAGAAUAUGUGGCGAAAGGGAUCCUUUCAUCCUGUGCAGUUUGAUGUGGUCUUGGUUGGAGCAGCUGAAGGAGCCUGUGAUAACCAAAGAAGAUGUGAACAUGUUGGUUGACAGAUGUGCGGACGCCACAGAAGCACUGUUUUUAUUAGAGAAGGGCCAGCAACAGACUAUCCUAUGCGUACUGCAUUGCAUAGUGAGCCUGCAGGUGAUUCCUGCAGACGUGGAGGAAGCCAUUCUUGCCCGCGCCAUUAAAGCUUUCACUAAGGUUAAUUUGGAUUCUGAAAAUGGACCAAUAGUUUACAACACCCUGAAGAAAAUAUUUAAGCACACACUGGAAGAAAAAAGAAAAAUGACAAAAGAUGGCCCUAAGCCUGGCAUUUAGUGAAGCUGACUUUCCCCUCAUGAAUAUUUCAGACCUGAAGAUCUAGAUGUCAUUUGUGCUCAUAGCUGAACAAGCUGAAGUGUGGAACUGCUUCGUUUCAUGGCACUUUAUUUCAGAUGCUCUUGUUUGUGCUAAGAAUGCUUGUUCCUGCUUGGAGCAAUUAUUUAUUUUAAAAUAUCCUUGAGUUACAUUUUUGUGUUGAAAAAUUGCCGUAAAGUUGGUGCCACUUCUUCUAUUUAUUUAACUGAAUUAAUAUUAUUAUAUUAAUAUUUUAAGAAUGUGGUGUUUACAUCCUUAUUCUUUUUGACAUUUUGGAAAAUGUUGUAGCUCUUCUUUCCAAAACAAUUACUUUGUUGAUGGAAUUCUUCUUAGAGUUUUUACCAAAUAGAUAAUUUUAGUAGUAAAACUUCACUGUGUAUCUAUUCCCUGAUACGUGACCGAAGGAAGUCACCAAGUGUCUUAAGCUGUUUUAUAUUUGUUAAUAAGAAGGCUUAUUGAUACAACAUUUUUAAAGGAUUUUUUUACAUUUGGUUUGAAUUUUUUUGUUUGUUUUUUUCUUUUUAUAAAUGUGGCAAAGGGUCUAAAUGUAUUAUUUUCCAGAGUGUAUUAUUUUUAGUUUUACGUUAAAGGAUUGACAGUG